CAAGCCGUGCCUUUUUGGGGGCGUGGUUGGGUAACGAGUGACGAGUGGGGGCGGCAAUUGAGUGAAGAAGCGCUGAACGAGAUCACAAAGGCCCACUGGCGUGGGCGGGGAUCUUUCUAGUAGAAUCGAACGCAGACCGAAUUAGACUGUUUGUUAUGCCAUAUGUAUGUUCGCGCACUUGGCACUGGGCAAGGUCAAAAGCCUCGCAACGGACGGGAAUCUCCCCGGAUCGAAAUGGGUUGGGGAUUUUUCCAUUUCGACCGGGGUGGACCCUUAUCAGCAGUCCUCUAGCACGGAGGCUAUCUGCAGCCAGACAAAGAAUUGGAAUAUCAACAGAACCAUGGCCAAGGACUUCUACAAGGUGCUGGGCCUACGUCGCGGAGUCACUAACUUUGAGAUCCGUAUGACGUACCGCAAGCUGGCACUGCGCUACCACUGGCACUGCGACAAGAACAAGUACUCCCAGGCAGCUGAGCGCUUCAAGCAGGUGGCCGAGGCCUUCGAGGUCCUGUCGGAUAGGAAACAGCGCGACCUGUUCGACGCUGUGGGCGAGGACGGUCUCCGGCGGGCCGGCCACCAGUUCCAUGGUGAUCCGUACGCCACCUUCGCCCAGUUCUUUGGCUACAGAUAUGCGUCGUCAGAGACCUCCGACGACGACGACGACUUUCCGGGUGCAUCAGGAUCAUGGAGUGGCCUGCUCCCAAAGAAUCCGCCGAUAGAACACGAGCUUCUUGUCACUCUGGAGGACAUAGCCAAGGGGUGCACUAAGCGUCCUACGAUCUCGCAACGGAGAAUCUCGUCCAGAGGCCGGGCGACUCAACAUCGCAAAAUGCUCGUCGUCGAGAUUCGUGCGGGCUGGAAGGCGGGCACCAGGAUCACCUUCCCCGGCGAGGGCGACGAGAUGCCCAACCGGCGGCCCGGCGACGUCAUUUUCGUCCUACGGGAGAAGCCACACCCCAUCUUUCGCAGGGAGGGGUGCGAUCUGCACUUCACGGCCCGGAUCACACUGAAGCAGGCGCUGGGCGGUGCCCAACUAGAGGUGCCGACGCUCCAGGGCGAGCCGCUGCACCUCAGCACCAUGGGAGAGGUCAUCAGGCAGGACUCCACGCGCCGCUUCCCAGGCCAAGGACUGCCCCAUCAAGUAAUCGGCUCGUGCCGCGGCGACCUCGUCGUCAACUUCUGCAUCGAGUUCCCCGAAGCAAUUUCGGAAACGGUGAUAUCCUCGCUGUAAUUCCCCCUGCCCUGUUCCCCAGGAGUCGCAGCCACAUCGCCAUUGACGACGUUGUAAUACCACAAUACCUCAAAAAAUAUA